AUGCUCAAGUCCUCCCUCUGCUGCAUAAGCGCAUGGCUUGGCCUCGCGCUUGCCUCGCGCCCGUCGGUCGUGCUCUAUGAGCUGCCUCAGUACCUCGGCCAGUCCCUCACGGUCGCCUCGUCCGACGAUGCGGCCGCCACGCUCGCCCAGUGGAGUCGCCCGAUCUUCUCGAUCGUCGUCGACCCCGCGACCGAGUUUGUGACAUACGAUGACGCCGGCAACUCGGCGGUGUGGCACCACUCGACGUCGUUGCUCGGCAACUGGCCCUACAAAAUCUCGUCCUUCCGCGUCCAACCCGCGACCACCAACACGACCACCACCUCGUCGAUUCAAGCGCCGUGGAGCUACAUUGGCUCGGGCGAAGGCUACCUCAUGGUCCGCAACUCGAGCUCGACCGUCGGACAACCCGAGUGCUACUCGAACGACGGUGUCAACUGUGUCACAGCCACCAGCGUCGCCGACCUCCUCGGCGUGCCCACCCAGCUCGACGUGGCCUUGCACCCUGCGCAGUGCGGUGCCGACCACUCCAUGUACUGGGGCUCGACCGGGUACGAGUCGCCGUCAUCAUGGUGCUACCUCGCGCGCGCGGCCCUCUCCUCCACGCCGUUGCUUUGGGACUGCGUUCAAGGCUCCAACGGCUGGGUCGCGCUCUCACCCAACAACUCGCUUGUCGGCAGCACGUCGUGGAGCGUCGCAUGCCUCGGCGCGGCCCUGGCGCUCUGCGGCGUCUUUGCGAUCUUUAGUCGCUCGACGACGCCAGCUGCCGUGAACGUUGAAGCCACGUACUGCUCGAGCGUCGGCGAAGCCGAGACCGACGACGAUCUCGAGUCCGUGUACCGCACGCCCGUCUAA